AUGCAUAAUUUCAUAAGUGUCACAAUUUUACUCAUCUAUUUAUCGACAAUUCAUUUUGAUUAUUAUUAUAAACCAGUAUAUGGAUUGACAAGAGUUAAACAAAAUGAUGAAACAAAAGUCAAAUGCAAGGAAGUGGUAGACGAAGCUCUUAGACAAUACUGGGAUCAUUCCAACGAAAUUGGUCAUUCAAGAGAUGGCAAAAACCAUGACACUGAUGAUGAUGACGACGACAAUGAAAAUAAUUUAGUAGACAAUAAUAGUGAUGAAGAAGAAACUAAUUGCGACAAUAGUGAAGACAAUAGCGAUGAUAACGACGACAACGACGACGACGACGACAAUCCAAAUCCAAAAAGUAAUGAAAAUAUUGAUCAGAAAACCAAUGAAGAAGAAGAAGAAGAAAGUCAAGAACCGGAUGAGGAGGAGGAGGAAGAAGAGGAAGAACACGUGGACACAAAUGUUGGUAAUAAUAAUAAUAAUCAAUUAAAACCCGAUGACGACAACGACAACAACAAACAUAAUGUCAAACGUGAGGCCGUUGUUGCUGUUGCUGCUGAAGCUAAGACAACGACGACGACAAACAAAGAAGUGCCGCCGACAGCAACAACAGCAGCCGCAGCAGUCAAGAGUGGAUCAGAUGAGGAAAAUAAUAGCGACAACGAAAAGACUGAUAAAACUAAUGAUAAAGAAGAGGAUGAAGAGGAGGAAGACGGAGGAGAAGAAGGAGAAGCUGAAGAAGAAAAAGAAAAGAUUGAACUUCGCUCCAGAGCUCAUAUCGAUGACAUACUUAGGGUCUACGAGAUUGGAUCCCAAGAGGACACUAGCGAACAGAAUCUGAUUUUAUCGAUAUUUCGUGAAUUGAAACGACUGUACGAGUCGUCAGUAAAACCAUUGGAAAUGAUCUACAAAUAUAGAUAUAUAACUACACGAUUGAUAACCGAUGCCGAACUGUUUGCCAAACCAAAGGUACUGUUAUUAGGCGGCAAAUCCAGCGGAAAGACAUCAUUGGUUAACUAUUUACUCGGCAUCGACUCGAGUCCUAUGCAAUUGAAUACCGGUUUGCAGACAUCGUAUCCGCAUUUUUCGGUAUUAAGCUAUGGAGACAACUAUACCCGACUGAGCCCUACCGAACUGUCCGCCGACCAUAUGUUCUCCAGUCUUCAACAAUUUGGCCAACAAUUUCUCGACCAUUACAUCGAAGCCCAUCAAAUGCCUAUCAAAUUAUUGCAAAAGAUGACAAUCAUUGAUAGUCCAGGACUUGUGGACCAAAUUAGCAAAACGGGAACAUUAAGUCAACCGGGAAUUGAUAACGAUGUCUAUCAAUGGUUUAUAGAUAGAAGUGAUGUCAUCUAUAUUGUCAUCGAUGUCACACAACUGCAACUAUCACAUCAACUAAAAUCACUUAUUGAACAAUUAAGAGGACGUGAUGUCAGAUUCAUAUUAAGCAAAUCGGAUCAGUUGUCUCACUCGCAAAUGGUAACAAUGAUCGGUCAGCUAUUGUGGAUUUUGUCGCCAAUUAUGCCAUCGGAAAGGGCGCCACAAGUGUAUGCCUUAACCACGGUUCCACAACAAGUAUACGACCCGUUCAUCGACGACCAGGAAGUUUCGUGGCUCAAGGAUCUGUCCAAUCAAAUCAGCGGCAUAUCGCGUGUCGAGUCGCGCGUUGCGGCCAUACGCCGGCACGCCGUACGUGUGCGCAAUCACGCCAAACUAAUCGACUGCUAUUUGUCAACCUAUUACAAAAACAAGGGCUUCUUUACGUUCGGCGCCAGUUCCCGACAAUUGGCUAUUGAUAUAACCGAAAAUCCAUUGAAAUAUCGUGUCUAUAGCGGCGCCGCGUUGGGACAGUCGCAGAAUAUAUCCAAAUAUGAUUUACCGGAUCCCGGAGUUUACAGAGAGUUCUUUAGAUCAAAUCCAUUGAUUGAUUUCAAGCCAUUGACGUCUACCUGUUCCUAUUUUAAGGGCUGUCCUAUCGAUAAAUUAGACAUCACUAUAGCCUAUCAAUUGCCUGAACUUGUGGGCAAAUAUAAGAAAUUGACACGAAUUGAACCAUAUUUAUAAUGAUAACAACAAUAAUAAAAUGAUAAAUAAUUAUAAUAAUAAUAAUAAUAUA